AUGUUCGACUUUGAUGAGAUUGAGGAGAAGCUGCAGGCAGCAGAGAAGGCCUCUGAGAGGACGGUUCAGCCAAGCUCCGCAGCCUGCUCCUUCGAUGGAGAGUGGGAAGAUGAUGAUGGGACUGUGGUCACCAUCAAGAAGGGAGAAAUGCGUGGUGCUGACGGCAUUCAGAUAGAGGUCUCAUUCCCAGAAGCCGACUCCAUCGCUUUUUGCCCCGGAGCAGGCCAUUAUUUUAAGGGCAAACUCCAGGAUAGCAGGAUUUGCUGGAGCGAUGGUGCUACCUGGGUCCGACGAGCCGUGGGUACUGCAGCAUCUGCAGCUCAGGCUGCUCCCAGGUCCACAGGGACAGAUGCUACGGCCAAAGCCUUUGCCAAGCCCAGUGCAAGUGCCGCCAAAAGAGUGGAUCCUCCGCAGAGCACAUCAAAGAGCCAGGGUAAGAUGCCGCAAGAAAGUUCCAGGACUGGCAAUGCCAAGAAAGUAGCGCCGCAGGCGCCAGCUUCCAGUGCAUCAGCAAAAACUUCGAAGGAGAAGCUCUCAGCUGUGGCCUGCGAAUCUCCCUGGCAGCAUGAGCGCUACGAGGUCAUGAAGCCAGUGGUCUUCGUUCGGGAAACCCCUGGCCUAGAUGCUGCCAAGGUGGCCCAGGUUCGAAGAGGUUGCAUGGUUUCUGGAAGGGUUUCCAACGGCUGGCUGUGCUUGGACCACGAGACAAGGUCAACGGCCAAUGUGCCGGAGACAGCAGCUGGCGCAUUUAUGCUGAUUGAUGGGCGGAGCCGUGGGCUUGGCCUGUUGCUGGAGUCGCGGGGUUGCCAUGGGAGCAGCAAGGACUCCCUGGCUAUGCCGCUUGAGUUUCUGGCUUUGAGAGACCUGCGGCUUCGAGACAAGCCAGAUUCCGAAGCGACUGGACGGUUGAUCGCCGAAGGCUCCAUCGUUAAGGGCUACCCAGGGGCAGAGUCAUGGCUGGAAGUGGCUGGUGGAGGUUUCCUGCCGAUUACCUCGGCAGCAGAAGCAAAGACUACGACGGAUGUCUCCGAGGCCAAGGACUUCCUUGAGUUGCGGAGUGCGCUCCAACCGCUUCUGCCGCAGAUCUUUGCAGAAGCCAUCCAAGUGAAGUGGGAGCCACUCCCGCUCCAGUCUGCAGCGCAUGUGGAGUACAGCCUACAAUGGCAGGACCUAGGGGAGACUGCACGCGGUGGCCGGGUGAGUGCGGCCCGAAGAUGCACAGCGCACCUGCGAUCUUUGCCACCCGCAGUGCCGCUGCGGAUUCGGAUCGUUGCCCGGAUUUUCGCGCCUCUUCCUGGAGGAAAUCCUUGCUACCGCGGCAAAGAGGAUCCAACUUCUCGAUCUUGGCAGGACCAGCGUUUGGUGGGUCGAUGGCUCUAUGGUGCCAAGCCUUCUGAGUAUCGCAUCGGCAGACGGACCGAUGGUUCUUUGAUUUGGAUAGGGCCACAUGCUACAGGAGGCACUGUGAUGGGAACCUUAGAGCCAGAGGAACAUUGGCUUCAAGCAGAAUUGGCCUCCGCCCGUGGUGACAUUGUAGGUCACAUCCGCCUGUUCUAUGAUGAGCAGGAGGAUGCCGUCAUAUCCAACUUCAAAAACAUUCAAAAUCCCGACUGGGGUAGAGAUAUCAUCGCGAAGAAGGGCGGUGACGAGGAGGUGUUGACGACACUGCUUGGACGGUGGAUACCCGUCUCAACAGCAGCCCCAGUGACAGACCGUGAGGAAGAGGAAAGUUGCUACGAUCCGCUUUGCAACAAACGAGGCAAGUGCCAAAGAUGUUCUUGCCAAAUUUUCGUGAUUUCUGAGCAUCUGCUUGGGCAAGAGCUAGAAGACAUUUGCUGUAGACGCUGUGGCUGCUCCGUGGCAUAUCAUGCCAAAGUCGGGAAGUUCCGCCUCAACGGCAAGGUGCCCGAAGCCGUUGGCACGGAGAAAGGUGCCAGUCGUCCUGGACCUGGGCCACCCCCAAAGUCUCCCAUGGAUGAAAUUCCCAGCCGGCAAUGGGUGCUGGAUGACGCGGCUGAUGAGGAUCCAGUUGAGUUCAUCAUCAGGCAACUGGAGAAUGCCAAGAAUCUCUAUGAAGUCCUGGGGGUGCCCCCAAGUGCUUCACCCCUGGCCAUUCGUCAGGCUUACCGAGCAAUCUCAUUGCGGGUGCAUCCUGACAAGAUCAUCGACUCAGAGGAGCAGGGCCUUGCCGCCCUGGCUGAAGAUGCCUUUAAGCUGGCGUCCUCUGCCUACGAAGUCUUGAGCGACGAGGUGGAACGCAAGGCUUAUGACCGUGAGUUGCGGGCAGAAUAUUUGCGGAUGGUCAAGUUGCAGCCGAAGCCAAAACCAAAGCCACCUGUGAAGCCAAAGCCGGAAGUGAAGAAACCGGUCUCCCAACCGGAUCCAGCAGAGAAGCAAGAUCCAGGAAGAGGAGUGGAUGAAUUCUUCAAGAACCCGACCAUUGGUACCUUCAUGAACUCACCUUACUAUGGUACCGAUGGAGUGUUUGGCACCAGUGGAACCAUCAAGGAGAAUGCUGCAGGAGGAUUUAGCUUUGAGCUUCCUGGCGGCGGUGGCAUCCACAUCGACAGCGGUUCCGUGAAGCAGACGGAAGAAGAGAUGGCGCAGACAGGGCACAUUCCGCCACAUCUGUGGCCACAAGGACUGUUCCCUCAGGGAAACACCUUCGCCGUGAACUCUGGACCAGCCUGGGUGGGCUGGCAACAGCACCAAGCAGCUGAGAAGAAGAGGCAAGAGAAAGCGCAACAGGAAGCUGCGGCAAAAGAACCAGAAGGAUCAGGACCAUGGACGCCGAGUCCCGGUUAUCCGUUCCGGCCAAUGGGCAACAGCACUUCAGGAGUGAAUCCUCAGACACUUGGCGCUGAUCGCUCCCCUCACAGCAUUUGUUUCCCAAAAUAAAUUAAAUCAUGCAAGAGAAACCAGUGGCUGGGGUGUCCCCAGUGUUUGGACACACACACACACAGGCACAUUCUGUGGGUAGCCUGAAGUUGCAAGUUCUGUGGAUAUAUGCCUCGCCUUUUUAGUGUUGUGCUAGGAUUUGCCAACCAUAUCCAUUGCCAAAGCAAGCAUAGUUCUCAGGUUUAGCCGCUUCGGGCAUUUAGGCCUGGCCGAUUUGGAGUCCGUUGCGUAGCCAUUCGCUGCCGGAAGCCAGCGUGCUUGGCAAUUCAUUUCGCAGGUGGAAAGUGACUGGACCAUGC